GUGAGCUCGCCCGACCACUCUUUCCUCAGUCUUCUCGAGCACAUCGUCGCAAAGGAGGCCGGAAAGCGUGGCGGCGCAGGCGCAAGCGCAGAGAGCGGAGGCGGUGGUGGUGGCGGCCGCUGGCCAGUGUAAGAUGGCGGCGGCGUUGGUGGCGGCAGUGGACGGGACGGCUGGGCCUGGAACAGUCGGAGCAGCCGCUGGCAGAAGGAUGACCCAAGACGGGAAGCGGGCUGCUGAGCCUCGCCGGCUCCCGUGCUUGUAACUGCCCCAGCCGGACACCCCCCCCUUGACCUACCCGGUCCGUGUCUCGUCCCGGCUCGGCCUGCCCCCCUCUCCCUUGCCGGUACCCCACAGAGUAGUCCUGAUCCCUUUUCCAAGAUCCUGGGGCUCAGGUCUUCUCCUUCCCUUGACUCGAGUCACUGUCAGGAGGACCGGUUGUCCUAUCUACAGUCCUUCAGUGAAUCUGCAGACCUAUUUUCUCAGGAGUUCAGCCUGGCCUUACUUCAGUGAUAAAAGGAGGAAAGGCUGGCUAUAGCAAACAUCAUUCAAGAUGUCCAGCAAAGGAAGCAGCACAGAUGGCAAAACAGACUUAGCUAAUGGAAGCCUGUCUAGCAGUCCAGAGGAGAUGUCUGGAGCUGAAGAGGGAAGAGAGACAUCCUCAGGCAUUGAAGUAGAGGCCUCAGACCUGAGUUUAAGCUUGACUGGGGAUGAUGGUGGCCCCAAUCGCACCAGUACAGAAAGUCGAGGCACAGACACAGAAAGCUCAGGUGAAGAAAAGGACUCUGACAGCAUGGAGGACACUGGCCAUUACUCCAUCAAUGAUGAAAACCGAGUUCGUGACCGCUCAGAGGAAGAGGAAGAGGAAGAAGAGGAGGAAGAACAACAACCUCGGCGCCGUGUACAACGCAAGCGAGCUAACCGUGACCAGGACUCAUCAGACGAUGAGCGGGCCUUGGAGGAUUGGGUGUCCUCAGAGACAACAGCCCUGCCCCGACCUCGAUGGCAGGCCCUCCCUGCCCUUCGGGAACGGGAGCUGGGUUCAAGUGCCCGCUUUGUGUAUGAAGCCUGUGGGGCAAGAGUCUUUGUACAGAGGUUCCGCCUGCAGCAUGGGCUUGAGGGCCAUACUGGUUGUGUCAAUACCCUGCACUUUAACCAGCGCGGCACCUGGCUGGCCAGUGGCAGCGAUGACCUGAAGGUGGUAGUGUGGGAUUGGGUACGGCGGCAGCCAGUACUGGACUUCGAGAGUGGCCACAAAAGUAAUGUCUUUCAGGCCAAAUUCCUUCCCAAUAGUGGUGAUUCCACCCUGGCGAUGUGUGCCCGGGAUGGGCAGGUUCGGGUAGCAGAACUGUCUGCCACACAGUGCUGCAAGAAUACAAAGCGUGUGGCCCAGCACAAGGGAGCAUCCCAUAAGUUGGCCCUGGAACCAGACUCUCCCUGUACGUUCCUGUCUGCAGGUGAAGAUGCAGUUGUCUUCACUAUUGACCUGAGACAAGAUCGGCCAGCUUCGAAACUGGUGGUGACAAAAGAGAAAGAGAAGAAAGUGGGGCUAUAUACAAUCUAUGUGAAUCCUGCCAAUACCCACCAGUUUGCAGUAGGUGGACGAGAUCAAUUUGUAAGGAUUUAUGACCAGAGGAAAAUUGAUGAGAACGAGAACAAUGGUGUACUCAAGAAAUUCUGUCCUCAUCACCUGGUGAACAGUGAGUCCAAAGCAAACAUCACCUGUCUUGUGUACAGCCACGACGGCACAGAGCUCCUGGCCAGUUAUAAUGAUGAAGACAUUUACCUCUUCAACUCCUCUCACAGUGAUGGGGCCCAGUAUGUUAAGAGAUAUAAGGGCCACAGAAAUAAUGCCACAGUAAAAGGCGUCAAUUUCUAUGGCCCCAAGAGUGAAUUUGUGGUGAGCGGUAGUGACUGCGGGCACAUCUUCCUCUGGGAAAAAUCAUCCUGCCAGAUCAUUCAGUUCAUGGAGGGGGACAAGGGAGGUGUGGUCAACUGUCUUGAGCCCCACCCUCAUCUGCCAGUGUUGGCAACCAGUGGCCUAGACCAUGAUGUGAAGAUCUGGGCACCCACAGCUGAAGCUUCUACUGAGCUGACCGGGUUAAAGGAUGUGAUUAAGAAGAACAAGCGAGAGCGGGAUGAAGAUAGCUUACACCACACUGACCUGUUUGAUAGCCACAUGCUCUGGUUUCUUAUGCAUCACCUGAGACAGAGACGCCAUCACAGGCGCUGGCGAGAACCUGGGGUUGGGGCCACAGACGCGGACUCUGACGAGUCUCCCAGCUCCUCAGAUACAUCGGACGAGGAGGAGGGCCCCGACCGGGUGCAAUGCAUGCCAUCCUGAGGCCUCAUGCCUAAGAGGGGCGGGCUGGGGCUGCCAACCCGAUCCUGCCUGGGCACUGCUUUCCUGACCCAGGCCCUUAAAUUCAGCAGAAACGCACUUUGGACUUUUUGUUUAGAAGAUAUCCCAAGAGAAGGACAGACCAGACGGGGAUUGAACCAGCAGACAGCACCUAGGAGUGGGAGUUGAGCCCUGGAAUGGGUUCUGUGGGGAGGCACAAAGGACUCAGCAGAAAUGGCCUCUCCCUGAAGCUUUUUUUUGGGGGUGGUGGGGAGCCUGUUUUGUUAACUGGUUUAGGAUAGGCAAUGGGGCUUCUUUUAAUCUCCCUUGUUUCCUUUGUGGGGGUGGGGUGAGGGCAACAACUGGCUGUUCAGUACCAAGGGGCCAGAGUGGAGGGUAGGAGUGCCACUCGCUCUUUGGUUUAGGUUUUUGACCUUUUUUUCCCUUUGUUUUUUAAAGUCUAUGACAGUUUCAUUGUUUUCCCCCUGAGCAAAUCUAUCCCAGGAUCCUGUUUUUCUGGGAAGUCCUUAGAGCCCUUAACCAUCCCACACUUCUCACUUUCCACCUCAUUCAUUCUCUGUACUCAUCACAGUGUUUUGCACUUGAUUAUGUAUCCUUCACUCUCUCCUCUUCAUCCCAUCACCCCCUAAAUAGGUCUGGUGAAGGAGAUUGGAGAGAGGUGGGAGGAGGGGCAGAGAUGGAAGAAGAAUAGGAAGGAUAUUACCUCUUCUGUUAUUUUUUUUUUUUUUUUUAAGAAUUGUUUGGUGGCAGCAAUCUCCCUGUCCCUAUCACUAUUAGAGGCCUAAUUUUAUAUCUAUAAAUAUAUUAAAAAGCAAGUCAAACUUGGAUGUAUCAAGUUAAAAUUAUUGUCAAAGUUUAAAUACCUAUAUAUUCUCUAUGAAUGCAAUAAAGGGACUUAAAGGAAGAA